AUGGCGCCCAAAUGGCCACAUGUAAACAAUGGUCCCGAACACAUCAAUGAGCACGCCACAUACCUCAGAGAAGCAUGCAACCAAUUGCAAGCGGUCGACAGAGGCCGGCAGAACCAGGUGCCAUGGAACAUCGUACAGCCGUACCUGGCAUCGACCCUCGCGCUCAUCGGCAAGGUCCUGCGACAACCUGGCAUGGGCGAGAUCCUCCAGCACGUCCAGGACGCGGCCCGAUGCACACAGAGCAUUCAGAAAGACGUGACCCUCAUCAAGAACUCCGUAGGAUUGAGCACGACUCCGCUUAAUAGAGCCAACUUCAGCGGAACCGGAAACACCGCUGCGACGUGGGCGCAGGUGGCAGCGCAAGCCAAAGGCGCUCCGCCGCCGCCGCCGCCAGCAGCGCAUGGAAUAACCACCGCAAAGGCACCUCCCGCAGUCACUGCAUACAAGGACCGCGUGGUCACAGUCAAGCUCAAGGACCAUGGCGUCGCCCAGCGAUUCCGAGCACACUCCGCAGCCUGGAUUAGACAGCAAGUACAGAUCUCGAUACGCGACAACACAGCUACCAAAGUAAUCAAAGUGGUCGCGGCGCACCAGCUCAAGAGCGGGGACAUAAAGAUAUUCGCAAGCACCACAGCAGAGGCCGCUCAGCUCAAACAGAACCCAGGGUGGGUCAAAGGUCUCGGAGUGCACGCGGAGCUCGUUGUACCAACCUACGGAGUCAUCGUUCAUGGUAUUCCAACCAACUCCAUCAACAUCAAAGACCAAGAUGCAACCAUUCAAAGGAUGCUCGCAGACAACUACACAGUGAUCCCGCAUGCCAAGAUCUCGUACAUUGGGUGGCUCACCAAGGAGGCCACUCUCAAGCGCGCAUCUUCGAUCGUUGUUGAAUUCACAGACCCGGAAAUGGCCAACGCUAUCAUCUAUGCAGAGUAA